AUGAUAUUUGCCAUUGAGGAAAUCAACAACAGAAUUGAUAUUCUUCCCGGGGUCAAACUUGGUUAUAAAAUUUAUGAUUCAUGUGGAUCAAUAGAAAUAACUACAAGAGCCUCCUUGUCCUUAAUUAAUGGCAAUGGAAAAAAUACAUCAGCAAAAUCUUGCUCCAAACUUGAUACAGUUCAAGCAAUCAUUGGUGAAACAUCAUCCAGUCCCUCUAUUGCCAUGUCUGCUACUGUGGGACCUUUUUGUAUACCUGUGGUUUCUCAUGAGCUUAAGAACCUCCAUUUUACAACUACAGCAGGAGAGGAUGUACAUUUUGAUGAGAAUGGAGACCCAGCAGCAAGGUAUGAACUGCUGAAUUGGCAACAAGCAAAAGAUGGUCAAAUAGUAUUUGUUAAAGUGGGCUUCUAUGAUGGAUCUUUGCAAACACACCUUCAGCUAUCAUUUAACAACAUCAGUAUAGCCUGGACCAACAACAGAUCACAGGUGCCAGUCUCUGUGUGUAGUCCAAGUUGUCCUCUGGGCACAAGGAUGGCUGUCCAGAAAGGAAAACCAAUCUGCUGCUUUGACUGUAUACCAUGUGCAGAAGGGGAAAUCAGCAACAUAACAGACUCUGCAACUUGUAUAAAGUGCCCACCUGAACUGUGGUCGAAUGACAAGAAAGAUACCUGUGUCCUAAAGCUUGUGGAAUUUCUGUCAUUUGAAGAAAUAAUGGGAAUCAUUCUUGCAUCAGUUUCUUUGUUAGGAGUAUCAUUCACCAUCUGCAUUGCUGUAAUUUUCUUUAAACACAAGGACACACCAAUAGUUAAAGCAAAUAAUUCUGAAUUGAGCUUCUUGCUGCUCUUCUCUCUCAUGCUGUGCUUCCUCUGUUCACUUACAUUUAUUGGUCAGCCUUCUGUAUGGUCCUGUAUGCUGCGUCACACAGCAUUUGGGACCACAUUUGUCCUCUGCAUUUCCUGUGUUUUGGGAAAAACAGUAGUGGUGUUAAUGGCCUUCAGGGCUACACUUCCAGGUAGGAAUGUUAUGAAAUGGUUUGGUCCUCUACAGCAGAGACUCAGUGUUCUUGCCUUCACUCUUGUACAGGUCAUUAUUUGUACACUGUGGUUAAUAAUAUCUCCUCCAUUUCCCUAUAAAAAUAUGAAGUACUACAAGGAGAAGAUCAUAUUAGAAUGCAAUAUAGGCUCAGCUGUAGGUUUUUGGGCUGUGCUGGGUUAUAUAGGACUCUUGGCUGUUUUGUGUUUUAUUUUGGCUUUUCUGGCUCGGAAGCUACCUGACAAUUUCAAUGAAGCCAAAUUCAUCACAUUCAGCAUUCUCAUAUUCUGUGCAGUUUGGAUCACCUUUAUUCCUGCUUAUGUCAGCUCUCCUGGAAAAUUCACUGUAGCUGUAGAGAUAUUUGCAAUUUUAACAUCAAGCUUUGGUUUACUCUUUUGCAUAUUUAUUCCAAAGUGUUAUAUUAUUAUACUGAAGCCUAAAAAGAACACUAAAAAGCAAGUGAUUUUUAAAGCACCUGUUAAAUGA